AUGGUACAAACGGUGAAAAGGAAAGUUAUAAAAAUCGACUAUGGGCUAGAGGAAGGGGAAGAGACUAGUGGAAAAAGGUGUGAGAGAGAAGAGAAAGAAAGAAUAAUUCCUUACGUCGAUCCAAAAAUUUUUAGUAAACGAAAAAAUAAUAAAAAUUCAACACAAUUAUUCUCAUAUAAUGAAAAGAAUGACAUAUAUAGUAUUGGUGUAUUGCUAUGGGAGAUAUCUAGCGGGAAAUCUCCCUUUUCUACCGAAGAAUAUGAUAUUGAUUUGACUAUAGAAAUUUCGCAAGGUCUUAGAGAAGAACCUAUUCUUAAUACAUCUGAAAAUUAUAUAAGACUUUAUAAAGGUUGUUGGGAUGGUGAGCCAGAUAAUCGACCAACAAUGAAUAUUGUCACUAUAACAACAAAUGAACAAAUAAUUAAUGAAAGCAUUUUAUCUAAAAGUAUAAUAAUUAAUGAAGGAAAAGAUGCACACAAAUAUAUUUUUGAUUAUUUUAAUAGUCAUAAUAUAAAAUCUCAUGAAAUUUAUAAUUGGUUGUUAAAUAAUCAAAAUGAUUUGGAUUCGAUUUUCUUACUUGGAUAUUUUAAUUAUAUAGGAAUUGAAUUCACGGAUAACAAGAAUUAUUCAUCAGGAAUGAAUUAUCUUGGUUAUUUUUGCGAAGAUGGCAUAUGGAUUAAAAAAGACACAUUUAAAUUAUCUAAACAAUCAACUGAAGGAGAAUAUAUCGGUGGAAUAAGGGAAUUAGGAUAUUGUUAUAGUUACGGAACUGGAACUAGUGUUAAUAAACAGGAAUCAUUUAAAUUAUAUCAGCAAGCAGCAGAUUUAGGAGAUAUGUAUACUUGGUGA